AUGUUCUUGUCAAGACAAAGUUCAGCGCCAGUCGGCUCAGGACCAGUCUCAACUGACAGUCAUGGAGCGAGAAUACUGGGCAUCACUAGCUUCUUUACAGCUUUUGCCUGUACUGCGGUGAUUCUCCGAGUCUACGUGAGGAUAUUCAUGUUAAAGAUGAUGGGUGCUGAUGAUUACGUUAUGCUUGUAGCGAUGGUCUGUUCAGUGGCCGUUUUGACCUUUGUCGUCCUCGAAGUACAACUUGGAGUCGGAGAACAUUUCGGAAAUCCACACCUUAUGAUGAACUACGGUCAAAUUGUCCAUUGGUCUUAUCACCAUGCAUGGAUUCUCAUCAUUGGUAUUACUUGCGUGAAACUCUCUGUGGGGAUUUUCUUGCUUAGACUGAUCCAAGGAAAAUUGUACAGAGCAAGUUCAUCUUGGCAACGAUCCAUGCUGAAUUCUAACCGGUGCAUCAUAGGGUGGAUGGCUUUCCUACUCGCUUUCACUUUCGCUUGCGUCUGUACACUGAUAUUCCAAUGCCUCCCAGUCGAAGCAGCGUGGAACUUUGAUUUGAAAGCAAACCCAAAGACAAAGUGCUAUAGCCCAAACGUUUUCCGGAGUAUAGGGCUAUUCAAUGGGGCUAUAAACCUGUUCACCGACUUUGUCUUCGCCUCUCUACCUAUACCAGUAAUAGUACCUCUGCAAAUCAACCUGCGAACCAAGAUCUCACUGAUUUUCAUAUUGAGUCUUGGUUAUUUUGCUUGCGCUGCGUCAAUUGUCAAAGAGUAUUACCUAUCAAGCUUCUUCGCCAACACGGACAACCAGUUGUUAGUGCCCCCCUCUUCUUGGCUUAAGCGCAGAUAUCGAGCUAACGUAGUUGCAAGUGAUGAUACUUUCAAUGUAUGGAGCUUUAUCGAGAUUAACGCCGGGAUUCUUGCAGCAUGUCUCCCAACCCUGCGUCCACUUUUCGCCACUCUAAUCAAGAACCGGUCAAUUCUCAAGUAUUCCGAUACCGACCGCACCAAAGUUGGAGGGGCACGCCAUCGAUACUUGCCACAGCAGGAUGACAAGGAACUUCUAUCUAUGCCUUCGAGGUCUACCUUCAAUGGCACCGUAGACGAAGAUCACAGUGUUGGAACUAGCGGCGGAAACGGCAUGUUUGGCGAUGGGAGUAACCACCAUGGACAUGACAGCGUGGCGAGCAGUAGCCCACCAGCGAGGCUUGGAAAAGCUAUUGAGGAUGGCGUAGGUGGUGAGGAUGGUGUGAUGUCUCGACUACAAGGGCCGCAUAGGGCAUAUGUCCAGAGAGGGCGAGAUUCAAGAGAUUGGAAAGACCCUGGGGGGAUCUUUAGGACGACUGAAUUCUCGGUGACCCGGUAG